GAUCAGCUCUGCUGUCCUGCGAGCGCGCGCCCCGAUGUGCGUUACUGUUAUUAUUCAUCUCUGGUCAACCAAAGAGCACGAGACCAGACAAUAAGCCAUCACACACGCUGGAAACUUAAAUAGUUAAACAUGAGCUGAUCAUUAACUUAUUCAUCAACUUUUUCAUAUUUUGGAGUCUUCCCCCCUGCAUUGCUGAUGAAGUGAGUUCAUGAAGAGCUUUUUUUUUUUCUGUACAAGGACACAACUACAUUUGUUGGCAUGAGAAUGGCUUGAAGCGAAACGAGAGAUUUGCUGAAGAAUGCACUGAGGUGGACUCAAAUGAAGAUUUCUACUGUCUGCAUGUGCUCUGCAAUAAAAGAUGAAGACGGCAAACAAAUGGACCGUUUGGGACAAGCUCCUAAAAUAGAUCUGCUGUUUUGGAAUAACAUGAAGAGAAUUCAUACGGAUUCUUGCCCUGCUCAUGGCUGACAGAGGUGCAGGAUCAAGUCACCUUUAGGAAGAUCUUUAAACCUGGGAUUAAGUGUGGACUGAGAUUCAAAUGUGUCGAGGAUGCUUGUCACGGAUAUGUUAUGGUGCGAAGCUGGAUUGAUCAUAUCGCUUUAAUCCACUUGUAGCCUCCCCCAGCCCCCCUACCCCACCCCAUGUCAGAUCUUUCCUAAAUUAUGGAAAUUUUUUGGAAGACGCUGACUUGGAUAUUUAGCCUGGUCUUGGCCGCUGCUGAAGCUCAGAUCCUUUCAUACAACUCUCAAGCGGAAUUCCUGUCCACGCUGGAGCACUACCAGCUAACAGUACCAGUGCGGGUGAAUGAGAGGGGCCAGUUCAUGAGUUACACUGUGAAGCAUUACAGGCCCGGUCGACGGCGACGUGGACUGGACCAGACUGAGCUGGACCACACUGAGACCAGGCUUUUUUACAAACUCUCAGCCUACGGCAAGCACUUUCACCUGAACCUGACACUCAACCCCAACCUGGUUUCUAAACAUUUGACGGUAGAGUACUGGGGCAGAGACGGACUAGACUGGCAGCAUUCAGUGGUCGAUAACUGCCACUAUGUUGGAUACCUACUGGAUCAAUAUAGCACUACAAAAGUGGCUUUGAGCAACUGCAAAGGCUUG